GGACAUCGAAGGCGGAGCUUCAGGAACUAAACAGGAAGCGCGCACAGCGAGGAGAAGUUUAAUAUCUGUGCUUUAAGAUGCAAAUCUUUCGGGAGUUUUUAUGUGAUGUCGCUUCGACUUGUUAACAAGGCUAAAGAUGUUUUCUCGGGCUCACAUAUGGCUGCUUUUAUUCCUGGUUUACCUUCUGGUCCUGUGUGUAUUUGCAAAAGGGAAAUUUAAUGUGCUGUUCUUGAUAGCUGAUGAUUUGAGACCCACUCUGGGUUGCUACUCAGAUCCAGUGGUGAAAUCACCCAAUAUUGAUCGACUUGCAUCUAAAAGUACUGUAUUCUACAACGCUUUUGCUCAGCAAGCAGUAUGUGGCCCAAGCAGGACGUCUUUCCUUACAAGUCGAAGGCCAGACACCACCCGGCUCUAUGACUUCAACUCCUACUGGAGAGUCAGCGCAGGCAACUACACCACGCUUCCGCAGUAUUUCAAAUCCAACGGCUACACCACCCUGUCUGUGGGGAAGGUCUUCCAUCCAGGCAUCGCCUCCAAUCACACGGAUGAUUACCCAUACAGCUGGUCUGUACCACCGUAUCAUCCACCCUCUUUCAGCUAUGAAAAGAGGAAGGUUUGCAAGAGCGAAGAUGGCACGCUUCACAGUAACCUGCUGUGCGCUGUGAACGUUUCCGAGAUGCCUUUGAGAACUCUGCCUGACCUGGAGAAUGCAGCCGAGGCUGUAAGACUGCUCAAAACUAUGAAAGAUGCAGAAACUCCUUUCUUCCUAGCAGUGGGCUUCUACAAACCUCACAUUCCUUUCAGGAUCCCAGUGGAAUACCUAAAGCUGUAUCCUAUAGAGAACAUGACACUGGCUUCAGACCCCGACGUUCCUAAAAAGCUUCCAAAAGUAGCCUACAACCCCUGGAUGGACAUCCGAAAGAGAGAGGACGUGAAGGCUUUGAAUCUCAGCUUCCCAUAUGGACCGAUUCCUAAAGACUUUCAGCUGCGUAUUCGGCAACACUAUUACGCAGCCGUAUCGUAUAUAGACGCCCAAGUCGGAAAGAUCCUGCAGGUUCUCGAUGAUCUAGACCUGACCAAGGAAACCAUUGUAGUGUUCACCUCAGACCAUGGCUGGUCCCUCGGUGAGCACGGUGAAUGGGCCAAAUACAGCAACUUUGACGUCGCCACCCGUGUGCCAUUGAUCGUGUACGCUCCAGGUGUGACCUCACCUCGGCCUUGGCCCGGGGGAAAGAUGUUCUCAUAUGUAAACGUGUUUGGAAAAGCACGGGAGCGUUUUGACGAAGGUUAUCUUGUGCGCAGCGUGGUGGAGUUAGUUGACGUCUUCCCCACUGUGGCGUCUCUGGCAGGCUUGGUCUCCGUUCACCAUUGCCCAGUCCCUUCCUUUAAAACUGUCCUAUGCACUGAGGGUUCGAACCUUGUACAUCUCCUUGGGCGUCAUGAACGCAACCCCAACCACCAAGCAUACGCUUUCAGCCAGUACCCACGCCCCGGCGACACCAUCCGAGACGACUCGGACCUGCCUUCGCUCGCAAACAUCACUGUAAUGGGCUACUCUGUGCGUUCCACCGACUUUCACUUCACACUGUGGGUGGGUUUCGACUCGUCUUGCUUCUACGCCAAUUUGAGCGACGUGCACGCCGGUGAGCUUUACAUCCUUUCCGAGGACCCAAACGAGGACAACAACAUCUACAACGAACAAGUACAUGCAGACGUAGCGAUGCUGAAGCUCGGAACACGGUACCCGUGGACGGAAAGUCUCAAAGAGCAUAUGAUCUUCCUUGGGAAGGCUUUGAAAGGAAACUGGAACCUAUGAGCACUUUUUUAAUAAUUCACAAUUGACAAUUUCUGUAGUUGCUGCUCUGAUAAAGGGAGGAAAGAAAAUACCUUAAAAUCUCACAAAACAUUUUUCCUUGUUCUAAUUUCCACGGGAAUAUCAACACCUGGCCAGUUAUGCACUGUUCAUUAAAUAAUAUGGUGUCGAACAGAGUUGAAGUCUAACACACAAAAAAAAAGGGAGGAACACAUUUUAUUUUAACCGAUGCCGAUAAAGCACGUAACGAGGUCACAUUUAAACACUGAUGGAAACACAAAUCUUGAAUUUCCUGUCGCACACUCCUGCGGCACGGAAAUCCCACCCUGAAGUUGAAAUGUGAAAAACUUACAAAUGAUAUUACACAGGUGCACCUUGGAGAACGGUUUAACGAUGAUGAAUGCUUUGUGUAAAAUCAAGAUGAGGAAAAAGGUUUGUGUCUUUCAGUUCAACUUGCACUCUUUACUGCUUCUCAUGCCUUCACCUAGUACACAAGGAUUUUAAAGACCACCUUACCCCCGCCCCGCCCCCAACUCAAUUUUUGUUUGCCUUCUUGAUCUGAUGAUGUUGAAACGGCGUUUUUCUUCCACAACGCAUAAAUUACUUCGAAAGACGAAAAUCAAAUAUUCAUGUGGAAGCCAAUAAAUGUCUAUUUUUCGACCUAAAACAGCCGCCACAAAAGCAAGUGUCUGUCUCUGUCCCUUUUUCCCCCUGAAAUGCCUUUUUUUUAUAAACGUGCAGCAGGAGUGUGCGGCGAAGGGUAAUCCUCGGGGAGUGUCGACGCAUUCGGGAGCCAGCGAACAGGCUUCGUUGCCAGCUGCUUUCAUUUUCACAGCUUUUGUCUAAAAGCAAGGUUCACGCAGUCGGCUACGGAUCCACAUGCCGAUAUAUAAAAUGCACACCGAAUUAGCGUUGUGUCAAAUAACGCUAGCAAUCCAGGGCUUUCAUUUAGGCCUCUUAAACAAGAAAUAUAGGUUUAAUUUUGUACUGUUUUUUUUUUUCAGCAAUAAUUACGCGUUACAUAUUAUAUUUUAAAUUGCCGCGUUAUUGGAAAUGAUUACAAAAAGUGUUUUGGUGUAAUUUUUUAUUAUUAUUUAUAGGCACCGCUAUUAUCCACUUGUCACAUUCUCCAUGUAAAUGGGAUUAUGCUGAAGAAGACAAACACUCCGAGAGGAGCGGAGAAUUUGACUUAGUGAUGAUAAACGAUUUGUAUUAACCACAUUAGUUUCAGUGCAAUUCCUAACAGGGAAUCAAUGCAGACACGGUUAGGGAUCACUGCUCCGAAUAAUAAACAUUGAUUUCCAUAACCACGGCUGCUCUACACGUGGCUCUAACUAAUGACGUGCUGGAGACUUCCAGAGUGGAGAAUUGGUUGCAAAUGCAUCUCGGAAAAAUUUAUAUUUUGGGUUUAAGCCAAAAAUAAAUGUAGCAGUUAACAUA